AAGUUUCGCCUAGGGUAUAUUUCCAGACUCAAAUCGGAAACACCAGACACCAAGACUCAAAGCAGGCAUUUGUGCAUUAAAAAAAUACUUGUUAGGGAUCUAACCCGCGAUACAUCGCAUACAAUCAGUGGUGGUGACCUCAACAACAUUGCAAUCUAUGCAGUCGGAAUAUAACAUGUUAAAUUAUCGUUCACCGAUCAAAAACACAUCUUUAAUAAGUACCUAAACCUCUUCUCAUUAAGAAUUACUGUAUAAAACCUCCUUAUUACAAAAAUAAUCACGUGUUUAUACCGGUAACCCGUUGGACACGAAGUUCGUUCACAAACCUUAGGAGUGUACCCGGCAACACGGAGCCAAAUGUUUACAUUGUUUGUUGACUUGGUUUCGUUUAGAAUUUCGCCUCCAAGUUUCCAAGAUCGAUAGUGGCCGGGACCAGAGCAACGGUUCAAGAUUGGAGAUGUUAUUUAUUUAUUUUUUAAUUUGAUAAGAAUUUGAUUUCGCUUUUUUAUCCCAAAAUGGUACUGUUAUCAGCGUCGUUUGGUAGCAACACCUACCAAACGACGCUGAUAACAGUAGGUACCAUCAUCGAGAGUAAGUAGUUCUGACUCGUGCAACUCGACCAAAAAGCAAUAAAUUCGGAUUUUAGUGUAGCAAUGCCAUCUAAAUGCGACUCUCUCGGGAGCCCAGAGUUAGUAAGUAGGGUUAGAUGAUCGAGUUCUUGAAAUGGGGAAAAUGAUCAGACCCAGUCACUGGAUCGUCAAGACCGUCCAUGCCAUAAGCACUUGUUUUGAUUAGCGCGUACCCUUGAUAACCUAAUUUAUACAAAAGAGUGGCAAGUGUGACAUCGUCCAUUGCUCUGGAGUUUGCUUCGCCGUUUCUUUUGCACAUGUAGAAAAAGGAAUCUUUGUCAGGUAUAAAGAAAAAAAAAUGCAAUUGCAGAACAACUUUUCAAUUAAAGAAAAAUAUCAUUUCAGUUCUGUUUUUAGAACUGAGAAGCUAUUUUUUGGGUAGGUAGGUUACCUAGAUACCAAAAUAAACAGACAGAUAGAUAUAGACUCAAUAAAACAAUUAACUUAUAUUGGUCUCUAUUUGCAAUAAACACGUUUAUUAUUAUAAAAAUCAAGUUUACAACAAGACCUAAAUAUACCUAAAUUACCUAAGCUUUAUACUCUGUUAGAAUUUAUAUAGAUGUUACUUGUGACUUCAAUUACUAGCUAAUACUGAAACUGAGAUAAUUAUAACAAAAAUACAAUUUGUAUGAACAGGAGCGGCGCGGGGGACUGCAGGGAGCGGGGAGGGGGGGAGGCGGCGGACGUCCUCCUCUCACUGAAGCACGCCGUCGUCCACGGCGACUGUGCCGCCGAGGCCGUGCACCCGCAGAUGAUGGUGAACAAUGGUGGCUACCCGUACUACGAGCACUACGGCGGCGCACCACUCUUCCCCACCAUGAGCGUCAACGUCUCCAUGAACAUGACCAUGCAUGGCUGUCCACCAGAACAGCUGUGUUCACAGAUGCAAUGGAACCAGAACGCAUCAACCCCGUCCGUGAACGUGGUGUACCCUCAAACACAGAACGUGAUCAGCUCGUCGACAUACCCGUCAGCUACGUACUCCUUCACCGCCGACUUCAGGACACCGACGCAGAGCGAUCCCCUCAUCACCGCCACCUCGACCUUUAAACCUCUCCUGCAGAACACUCCGAAACAAAACCCGAACUACUCCAUAUUCCAGCAGAAACCAAGUUAUGCUAGCCCGAAGGCGUUAGGGCCGAGUCUGAAGAGGUCGCCUUCGAAGCUGUACGCUCAAGAGACGCAGAAGGAGCAGAAUAUGGGCAGCGGGUACCUGCUGAACCAUCAGGGGCAGAUGCAUCCUCAGGAGUAUGGGUAUACCGCCUGUGUCUCUUCGGGGAAAGUGCAGGUGGGAGCCCUAAGCGGGUGUUCAGAAGACGACGAACAGAAGCCAAAUUUAUGCCGAAUCUGUGGCAAGACUUACGCGCGUCCGAGCACGCUGAAGACGCACCUCCGUACGCACUCGGGCGAGCGGCCGUACCGCUGCGGGGACUGCAACAAGAGCUUCUCGCAGGCCGCCAACCUGACCGCACAUGUCCGGACUCAUACGGGACAGAAGCCGUUCAGAUGUCCAAUUUGCGACCGACGGUUCAGCCAAAGCUCAAGCGUGACGACUCACAUGAGGACACACUCUGGAGAAAGGCCGUAUCAAUGCAGAUCCUGCAAAAAAGCCUUCUCAGACAGUUCGACGCUAACGAAACAUCUUCGCAUUCAUUCUGGCGAGAAGCCAUAUCAAUGCAAAUUGUGUUUGUUGAGAUUCUCUCAGUCCGGCAACCUGAACCGUCACAUGCGAGUGCACGGCAACAUGUCGGGUGGGAUGCUCGGCUGACACUUGCAGAGGUGCGGCCUGUCUGCCGUUUACAUGUAGGACGAUACGUCACUACAAGCGAAAUGAAGGAUUUGACAUUAUUAACGCAUUUAGUAGUAGAUUUGGAAUUAAUUGGGUAUUUGACUGAUAAAAUUCAGUCCGUUUUAUACAUACCCAAAAAUUUUAGAUACAUAUUUUUCUUUUAUUGCAUAACCAAAUAAAUAAGAUGAACUAAUUCUACAUCUAUUAUCAAGUCGGUAACCAAAGGGUCUACCACCAUGUCUUUGCGAUUAUGGAAGACAAGUUGCGUUUCUAACCCAACUUACUAUUUAAAAAAUUUACCAUCUUUUUUUGUUUUAUCUUAGUUUUUUUUAUUAAUUGUACAAAAUCAUUUUUUAAUACCAAUUCAAGGUUUUUUUUCAAGAAACGGUUCAUUAGACUUCUUUCCAUCUUGCUUGAAAUUUAGUUUAUGGAAUAAAGAUUAUGUGCAAAGUCGGGCGGCCUCUCGCUUUGACAACAGGAAUAUAAAUGCGUAAGAUAAGGUGGUAGCAAGUCUUUUCCAGUGAAGCUUACCUACUUAUUUUGGCCAUUAUCGCAAAUUACCAAUCUAUUGUGUCUGGAAUGAAACUGACAACAUUAUAUUAGGAAUAUGAGAAACUUGAUAUCACCCCGUUUAACCCUGCGCCAACGGCUACUGUUCCAAAGCUAUUAGUAAAUGCGUUUAUCUUUUAUAUUGAGUGACAGUAUUUGACAAACAUGUUUUAAUGUGCGUAAUUAUGUUAUGAAACAUGUUAUAUGUAUUUAUAUAGUACUUGACUAAACAAAUAUGUAACAAAUUCAAUUAAAACUAUGAGGAACAAGUUAAUGCUUGCGAUUAUGUGCAGAACAUAGAUCGAGAUGAGACAUGACUUCUCUAAAAUUGACAUAAGCUAAGGUUCCCGAAAGGAUUAUUUAGAAAAAAAUAAAGAUUAGAUUCACGGAUGAAAAAUCACGAUAAAUUAUUAUUAUUUAAGAACUUAGCUUUAAGUUUGUCAUUUAUUUCCAACUUUGACAUUGUCAUCAUCAAAACUUUCAGCCCUCAUUGUAAAUAUGAUACUAUGUGAAAAUGUUUGUACAUACCUAUUUAGGAUAAUAAUAUGUAAGCAUACAAAUCAAGUAUUAAAUAUCUAGUCA